AUGAAAGUCCGGUAUGUUACAAUGACUUUAUUGCUAUUCCGUACGGUACCAAAACUUGAGGGGUUUGAAUACAAGUCACUUUUGAAAAUGUCCACUGAAGAGGAGCACUACUUGUCACCGAAAUGUGUUAAUGGAAUCAAAUGGAUUAUGGAUGUAUUCGGUGAUUGUGUCGAUACAGAUUUAAAGUUUUUCGGUUUUGUCAUUGGAUUCAUAUCACUCUUUUUAUGGCUUUUACCAUUAAUUCCUCAACUUUUGCAUAACUACCGUACCAAGCGUUGUGAAGGCCUUUCUAUGUAUUUCCUCCUUUUUUGGAUUCUUGGAGAUUCGUGCAAUAUGGCUGGAGCGUUACUUACAAAUCAACAACCUCUUCAAAAAAUUAUAGGCGUUUAUUAUGUGUUACAGGAUAUGACUCUCCUUUUUCAGUAUUUUUAUUACACCCGCAUAUAUCGUAGAAAUGAAGGUAUAUUUUGUAACCGUUCUAACUUUUUCUGUGCAGUAAAUAACUGUGCAUCUAUCAUGCCGUUACUUGCAGUACAUAUUACUCCAUUAAUAAACUCAACAGCGAUAGUACCAAGUAUUUUUGUUGGCCUUUUCGUGAUUGGAGCGCUAUUCUCAAAUAAGAUUUCAUCAAAUUCAUUACGUCAUCGUCCAACUCAUGAAACACUACCAGGAAAUAGAAGACUACUUUCUAUUGAACUCGGUGGACAACCGUUGUUUCACGGUUACUAUGAUGUGCUUGGCUAUGUAAUAGGUUCUGUAUCUGCGACAUGUUAUUUUGCUAGUCGAAUUCCUCAGUUACUUAAGAAUUAUUACCGUCAGUCUUGUGAAGGUUUGUCAUUGGUCAUGUUUUACAUUAUUAUAGGAGCAAAUGUUGCAUAUGGACUAUCUGUUUUGUUGGGUGGCUCUGGUUGGCAUUACAUUUUGCGUCAUUUGCCGUGGUUAGUUGGUAGUUUGGGCGUUUGUGUCUUUGACGUUUUUGUUGUUAUUCAACACUUCUAUUAUGAUCGCCUACACCGCAACAAAGACUUGACAGAACAAGAAGGGUUAUUGGAAGACAUAGACUGA